AAUAGUUCUCUUUUUUCAGAUAAGAAAAAAUUGAAGCUUUCUUCAGUCAUUUCUAGGGUUUCAUUCAUAUAUCGUUCAAUCUAGGGUUAAGGGCAUCCACCAUCAAAGCAAAAACCAAUCAUGCCGAAGAACAAGGGAAAGGGAGGAAAGAACAGGAAGAGAGGAAAGAACGAAGCUGAUGACGAAAAGAGAGAGCUUGUUUUUAAGGAAGACGGACAGGAAUACGCUCAGGUUCUUCGUAUGCUCGGUAAUGGGCGUUGUGAAGCUAUGUGUAUUGAUGGUACAAAACGUCUUUGUCACAUACGUGGUAAGAUGCAUAAGAAGGUUUGGAUCGCCGCCGGUGAUAUCAUCCUUGUCGGCCUCCGUGAUUAUCAGGAUGACAAAGCUGAUGUGAUUCUGAAGUUUAUGCCAGAUGAGGCGAGGUUGUUGAAGGCGUACGGAGAGUUGCCAGAGAACACUAGGCUCAAUGAGGUUAACGGAUUGGAUGAAGAAGAUGAUGGUGAUGGUGAUGACUACAUUGAGUUUGAAGACGAGGACAUUGACAAAAUCUAAAUUUCCUGAUUUAAAUAGUGCUGUCACUGGGGUUCCUGCUGGGCGCUCAAAUAUUUCUGUGGAGUUUGAAUUUAAUACAAAAAAGAGAGAACUCUUAUAUGUACCGUUUGAAGUAAUAUGAUUAAGCUUUAUGCAUUAGUAUUUCUGUAUGAAGAUUUAUUCAUGCUUUGAUGAAACAGAUGCAAUAACAGCUACCUGUUCUCUAUUUUACUGAUGCAACUGUCUGUUGAUUUAA